CGUUCCCUCCUUAUUGACCACUCCAAUAAAUCACUACACUCUCCCUCCAAAACACACAUUUUCUUAGAUGCAGAAAGUGAAAAUGGGAAAACAAACAAAACCAAGAAGAACAGAAAACAUAGGCAAAGGAAAAGUAACUCCUGUCCAAAUUGCUUUCAUAGUUGAUCGUUACCUUUCCGACAACCAUUUCGAUGAAACCCGCAACACCUUCCGGUCUGAAGCUUCUCAUCUCCUUUCUAAAUCGCCCAUCCAUGAGGCGCCAAGGAGUUUGUUGAGUUUAGGAGCAAUGUUGGAUGAGUACAUAUGUUUGAAAGAGCAGAAAGUGUUACUAGAGCAAGAAAAAGUGCAGGUUCAGAAUUUGCUAAAGGGAAUGCAACAAGUUAUGAACGGUUACAAUGCAAGUGCAAAUGUGAUGCCACCUCCCCCAAUUGUUGCUUCUUCAAUGCCCAAAUUAGGCGCUCAUGUGGUCCAACAAACUAAUGGGUCUCCCCCAAUUUCAGCAGGUUAUUGUUCUGCAUACACUAGUCCAGCCCUAAUAUCAGUAUCAAUACCUUCCAACACUGCUGCUGAUAACAUGAAUUUUUCUACUCCAAAUUCCAUUCCAACAACUUCAAAAAGAAAAGGGUCCAAGGAGGUUUCAGAUGCUGCCAUAGUAGCUGCCAAGAAAUCUCGUACACGGUCACCCACCAAUCAGUUGCCACUUAAAGUCCUUGCAGGUGCUAGUUCAAUGCCACAAGCAACUACAGAUGAUGAGCAUAACAACAUUUUGACCCCUAUAAUUAAUUAUUCCGACCCUAAGACACCUCCAAUAGAGUCUUCAUCCCAAACUGACAAAUCUAUCUCUCCGGUUCAAAUUUGUUCAGAAGCAACUUCGAUCAAAGAAGAUACUCCCUCUCAUCUACUGUCGAGUAACCACACUAUAAUCUCUUCAGAGACAAUUCGAUUGACCCCCACCAAACAAAUAGGAUACUAUUCCAUAGAGAGAAAUCAUUGUGUUUCAACUUCCUCACCAGUUAAAGCAAACCUGAAUAGGUCUGUGAAGAGAGAUCAAGUAAAAGGUAGGUUAGAUUUUGAUGCCUCGGACAUUCCAAGUAGUUCAGAAGUACCACAAGUUCCUGACAGGAUUUCUACAUCUGAUUUUGUUAAGGAAGGAGAUAUUUUUGACUUGGAUUUACCUAACUUAGAUCUUCUCGGUGCGAAUUUUAGUUUUUCUGAGCUGCUGCGUGAUUUUGACAUUGAUGGACAAGGGAUUGAUUAUUCUUGCCAGGACAAACUGGACUUUUCUCCAGAUUCCUUUUCAGGGUCACCAUAUGAGUCUGGAAAUGUCAACAUUGAUGCAAACCAAAUAACAUCACAGAUUUCAUCUACAGUUACUGAAGUCUUUUCAGAGAAAGAUACAAGUUUACUAGGUCCAGAUACUGUGAAAACUGUGAAAUCUGUUACGAAACGUAUCCAACUUUUAAGUCCUGUUAAGCGUAAUAGAAGCUCGAGACAUUAGAACUUGUGUGCAAGAAAUGACUAAAUUUUCCGACAGAUGGAUAUGGAGGCUGGCAUGCUAAAUUCAUCACAACUGACCUUAUUUAUGAAACCCAAUCGAAUUACCUUUUUAUGUUUUAGAUUUUGACUAUUCAUUCAUCUGUAAAAUAUGGGAUGGAUUUGAUUUAACAUAGAAACCUCUAGGUACA